CGCUGGAGCGGAUCAGAGCCGGACCUUCUCUCUUCCCGGCCGGAAAAUCUUGAGGCGAUUUUUUUCUUUAAAAACAUUAAGAGACUUGAGGAUGGUGGGGCAGAGCGACUAAAUCCCAUCUUCCUGUGAUUCUUUAGUCGGAAAACUGUCAAAAUCUGUGGGUAACUUCACAAGAUAAGAAAAAGGAUGGCAUCUAGAGUAAAUACCAGUUUCACUUUGAUUCCCAACCAGAAAUAUAGACGUAGUAGUCGUCGAUCCAGCCAUGUUUCCAACACCCUUAACCCAGAUUCUCAGCCCUUAUCAGCACUUGGAAAUUUUAAAGCCUUGCCAUUGGAAAUAUUCCAAAUAAUCUUAAGAUAUUUGUCAGUGAAGGAUAUCAGCAUGCUAAGCAUGGUGUCCAAAACAGUCAGCCAGCACAUUAUUAAUUAUAUCUCAACCUCAUCAGGAAGCAAAAGAUUUUUACUACAGGACUUUCAUGACCUUGAGCUGCCUGGCAAGAGACAAGACUCUGCUGUAUUGGAACACUACAGAUCUCUAGGUUUACUGUUUAAAAGAUGUACAUUGCUGCUACCCACAAAGGAAAGACUAAAGUACAUUCACAAGAUACUUGCAGAAGUUUCCUGUUUUAAAUUCAGUGGCUGUGCAACUCCUAUGCAAUGUUUAGGAUUAUCAUGUUAUGGCAUGUUUUUACAGACCUUAACAGCAGGUUGGGAUGAACUCGAGUGCCAUCGUGUUUUUAACUUCUUAUGUGAGCUGACUGAUCUCUCCCGCAAGAUGCAGACCAUUGUCUUCAGCAAACCAGGAAAUGCCCGAAAACUGGAGUUAAGGAUCAGACUGUUCUGUAGGAAUGUCCUAUUUGAUCAUUGGACACAUAGAAGUGAUUCUGCUUUUUGGUUGACACGUAUACUAAAACCGUGGCCAAUGGUGAAUCAGGCAAGAUUACUGUAUAUCAUCUUUGGACCAAUAUCUCCUCAAGAUGGACAAGUGGUUUGGCAGAAAAUGAUAGAAGAACCUACAGAUGAAUCUAGUCUGAAAGGUUUGGCUGAUGCCAUUAAAUUACUGUAUGACACAGGCAUCAAAGAGUGGACAGCAGAUGAUGUUAUCAGUCUUAUAGAUGAACUUUCAGUGGUUCCUCGUGAGUGGCUUCUAGAAAAUAAUGCACGUCUCCUAAUCCUAAGUGGGAAUGAUAUCUGUUUCACUUUCAUGGCUAGUAAAGCUGUGAAUGGACGGACCACUGAACUGGCAAGACUAAUAGUCUUUUUGGCUUUGGUGUGCGAGAAAGAACUAUACUGCAUGGAUUGGGCAGUUAAAAUGAUGCAAAGAGUCUGUAAAGUCUUUAGUACUUCAGUGGAAAAAAAUAACUUCCUGCAGAAUGUGGCAAAUGCAUUUGCAUGUAUUAUAAUGGAAAUGCUGCAGUCAAUUAUGUCUGGAGACCGUGAUGAAGAGGACAGAAUCUUUUUGAAUUUGUUCCAUCUUGUGCAUGCUCAGGCUAACUUCCACAAGGAGGUCCUGUAUUUGACCAUCAAUUCUGUCUCUACCUAAAUACUCAGAAAGCCUUGCAUUUAGAGACUACCUCACUGAACUAACAAUUAGAAGAAUGCUACUUUCCACAAUCAAAGAACAGCAUCCAAAGGACUUUUUAUCACCUAAGUCAUCCUAAAGUUGCAUAGAAUUUUAGUUGGCAACUGCUUAGACCAUUAUUAAUAUAAAAAUUAUAGGCAAACUCGAGAAUAUAUUGAGAUUUCUCUGGAAAACAAGCUGUACCUCUCCAGAUUUUGGUAAACCUAACACCAAACAAAAUGUAACUUUAGUGUCCAAGAAUCUGGGGUGAGCCAACCUGUAUGUGUGGAUCUUUGAAGCAAGAGAAAAAAUCUUGUUUUAUAAUUGAGCAGACCCAAAUUCAUUAAACAGUAUGUAUCUGUUCGCUUUGCUUAGAUUGUGUAGACAUAGCUUAGAAUGUUUUGUGAAGAUCUGCAAUAUGAUGUUUUGGAAUGGGCAGAUAUAAAUCACACUUUUAAUCACCUUCUUGGCAUAUAGUUACAAAGAACAUUAUAUUUUGUUCACAUUUUGUAUGAACCAACAGAUCAAAAACCAAAGGAAGUAUGUGUAUAUCUGUAUAUCCAUAUCCAUAUAUGUACAUAUCAAAUGUACAUAUACACAAAUAUAUUUAUUUAAGACAAAUCAUAUAAAAAGUCUAUACAUAGAGAGGGGUACAUAUUGUUUUAAUGCAAAUCAUCUUUUAUUUCCUGGGGAUUAAAGUAAAGUGUUGCAAAUAAGGGAAAAUAUAAAAUGAAAGAAAAGUACCUAUUCUGCUGCCAGCACAAUGUGCACAAAUAAUUUACACUUCUUCCUAAAGCUUUUCUCCCUAUCUUAAAGUAGAACUUGAAGGAAACUGGAGGCAUGGAUGGUUAAAGCAGCCCAUGAGUGGGGUUUUUCUUCACUCAAGUAAAUGAAUUCCAAGAAGCUCCAGGACUAUUUCAGUCAGACUAGCAUCUGCCACCACCACUUUUACUAUUAAAGUAGAAAAUAAUAGUGCCUAAUGGUGCUGAAAUGCUGGAGCCCUCCUGGAUCUCCCAUCUUCUUGGGUUUGAUCAUUUUACUUCUGCUGAAGACACACCCCUUCCUACUCGAGUUUUCAGAGGCUGGCUUUCUCUUCCUCGGCCCUUCACUUAACUCACCUCUCAAGCUGAUAAAGGGAAAAAACAUUAGAAGAUAUAGAAAUUACCUGCAGAAGUAGGGUAUAAAUUGUGGGAAAUUCUCAAGUAUUUGGUAAGAGGGUUCAGUAAGAGAUUUAAUAGGAUUGAGGAAGAACAAAAAUUGUGGAGAAAAUAUAAAUUUUGAUAAGAUUUUAUUAUAUUUCAAUAGCAGAAGCACUUAACCUUAUUUUAUGCAUGAUCAGAAAUUAACUGCCUUUCUUUGGUGGAUUGUCCACCUAUAAUUCCAUCGGUGGCAGAAAUUGUUUCUCCAGAGUUUAUCAUUUGUAGAGUUAUGCAAAAAAACAAAGUCCUUGCUUUUAUCCUGGUUUCAUUUUCUUCUCAAUUUCAUUUUCUUCCUUCCAAUUCACCACUAAAUUAUGAAGAUUAAAAGUUGGCAGAUACCAGAGUACAAAACAUCUUAGCUAGCUUUUUCUUUUCUCUCUCACUUUUAUUCUCAUACAUGCUUUGGAAAACCUGAUCCAUUUAUUUAUCAAAACACUGGUGAUUUCAACUUGAGAAUAUACUAGAUUAUUUGGGGAAAAAGAAGAAAAAUGAAGGAAAAAAGUAAAAAUUUUAAUAUAAAUAGUGAAUAUUUUCAGUAUUUUACUAGAUAGGUGUUAAGUUUCUUUCUCUUAGAGAAGCAUUUGUCAUUGUGAAGUUUCCUUGCGUUCCCUGAAUUAUCCAAGUCUCUACGGCAGUUAUUUUCAGAAAGUCUACAAAAGGAGAAUAGUUUAAUUUAAAAGAUUUUUGACCUGGAUUUUGAAUCUCAUCACAUACUUGAACUGAAAUGACUGCUGCUGUAAAUUUUUGAAAACACAUUAUUGCAUUAUUCUCGAUAAUUGUGAGAUUAUCUCGCUCUCCCCAGAAAUUUGGAACAUAGAAAAUCUGAUUCAUUCUUUGGGUGUAGUAGAUAAAUGAUAUCAUCUUGCUACCAAGUAAACUGAAAAUUUAUUCAUUCAAUAUUAAUAGACAAAAAUUUCCUCAAUCCAGCAGUCCAAUUUUUUGCUAAAUACAUUUGUCAUUAAGAAUAAAGUAUGAUAUCAAAUUUUAAAGUGGGCACUUAACUUGCGAUGGCAUAUAUUAUCAUUAAUAUUGAUGUUUAAGUGAUGGUAUAUGCAAUCAUAGUGCCACAAAAAAGGAGUAUGUGCAAAAUAAAUAGCCUAAAAACAUUAGGACACUGUUCACUUCUAACUCUAGAAUAGUCAUAACAUAACAACAUACACUACUAGCAAGUCAAAUCAUUUAUCCUGUACCUUUUUCUGAAUUAGAAGAUUAACCUGGGCUUCUAGCUCUUUUUUCCUUUUGAUAGUGAUUUCCUCAGUCUCCUUUGACUUCGAUUUUUAGGAUGAUUUUUACUUCCACGAGAAGGCAAGCCCCCAAAAGCUCAAUGACAUGUUAUAUUUAUCUUUACUAUUGUUUCUAAACACACACACACACACACACACACAAUACCAUAAUAGUACUAAUAACAAACCAAUGAUGCUACUUUUCUUAGAAACUAAAGUUUAUAUCUUGUGACAAAUACUCUGUACCUUAUGAAACCAUAAAACAUCUAUUCUUAACACUUUUUUGGAUAAUUCCUUCUCACGCCCUUCUGACUCCUCAGCUUUAUCAUUUUCACAGUGGAGGCAGUAAAUUACUAUACUUGGGAAGCCUUUCAGGCAUUUAAGAGUUCAAGGCUGCUCUCCAUAGCAUGAACAAGAGGCACCUAUUUCACACCUUUCCUGUCCUCUGAUGACUUAGUUCAUGCUUCUAGUUGUUCUGUUAAUAACAAAGAUUUUAUUGCCAGGAUAAUUAUUCACCUUUGGAGAUUAGAGCAAGUGUGAAGUGCCCAGCAGAAGGUACAACUGGAGGAACCAUCUUAUAGUACUGAAUUACAUGAUUACAGAUUUUUAUGUCAGUAAAUAUUGUGAAGGGUAAAAACACAAAGCUGCUACAAAAGCCUUUUAUGUUAUUGGAUACCUUACUAGCAAUAUAAGUUCUUUACCAAAAUUCCACUAGCAGGUAGCUGUGAAACCUGUAAGAAAUCAGGCUGUGGACAUAGGCUCUUUGGUUUAUUGAGACAUCACUAGAAUAGGAAAGAUGACCUCAAAGAUAGUUGUAUUGGACAGUCUUCUCUAGGUUAAAAAAAAGUGCCAAAGGACUAAGAAUACUUUUUUUUUUUUUUUUUUAUCAAGAAAGCAAAUAUAAUUCCAGAAAAUUUUUCAAGUAACUAGAGACUUAUAAAAAAACUAAAAAAACAGCAACCUUAGUAU